AUGGACCCGGUGUCAAGUCCAACGGCUGCAGAUCCCGCCGCCGAGACUCACCCGCAAGCCGACGACGACGACAAGGACGUCGACUCUCUCUUUGAUGGCAAAACACCCGCAUUCGAGUCUCAAACUCAAAGUCCCGCCCAUGCCCCGCCUGAAGAUCAAGACAGCCAUGAAUCUCAUUCUGAACCUCCAUCCCAAGCUGAUGGCCGACCUGAGACUCAACCUCAAGAAAGUCAACAACAACAGCAACAACAAACUCAACCAGCCCGUCCCAAUCCUUCAUCGGAUGGAAAUCGACCCUUGACCGGAAACUCCUCAACCUCAUCAGACAGCCAUCCAAACACCAACACCACCGCUAACAAUGGCCCCCCACCCGGGCCUCAUACCGAUCUUCAUCCUCGGCCAGCACCAAGCUCUCAUCCCAAUGGCAACUAUGGACAUUUUGGCCCGCCGCCCCCCGACCCAGGACCAAAGCCCAUGCCUCCAGCACCCGCUGUUCAUGGACCCUUCACAUAUGAUAAAGACGGCUUCAAGGCCCUGGGCUUCAAGCGGGAGACGCCCUACAACCUCCACAUGAUCAUGCGUGAUCCCAAUGCCGUUCCGCCCAUCGAACCCGUCGCCAAAGCCUGGUUUCACGCCCAACUGAUACACUACGGCAUCCCUGUUCACCAAUCUGCCCCCGGCGCCGAGCCUCUUCCUGGCGACUUGUUUUACGCUCUACAGACCGCCCUAUUCAGAGAAACCAUCAAAGAAGGCAAGCUCCCGCCUGCUGACAUUCUGACCAUCGAGGACAACCUCACAAGACAGUUCAACGACAUCAACAGACAGUACAAAGAAGCAUUCACGUAUUGGGAACAGCAAACCUUUGCGCGAUGCGCCACCCCCACUGACGAGAUCAACUGCAGCGUUGACCUCUUCAUGGCCAAGUAUUUCCUCGACAACAGAGGCCAACCUGAUCGAUGGAAAACACGGUACCCCAUCAUACUGCAUAAACUAAACGACUACGACGGCACCCGCCAGGUGGUCAAAGCCGUUCCCAGGUUGCGGUCCCAUAUGAUGCCUCUCUGGUCCGUCAUCUGCUGGGAGUGGUACGGCAUCGAGAGGGCCAUCGAGGAGGCCUUUGCCAGCAUUGCAGCCUCUCAUCCGUCCAUAACCAUCCAUGUGCCUACCAUGGAGGCCCACUUUCACAUCGACUACUUUUUAUCCAAAUAUUUUCUUACCGGCUUACACGGACGCCCCAUGCCCUUUUUGACGCAGGAGCCCAUCGUCAUCGAGGGAUGGUUUGGAGGUCCCGAUAUCCGAAAUAUCCUGACACAUGCCGUCCUUCGCGUCCCCGACCUCCGUGUCUGGGCCUUCAUCGGCAACGGCAUCGACAAGACGGUUAUCGGCUGGGGUGAUAGGCCGUUUGAGGUAAUAGAACAGCUGAGAGAGACGUCCAUGCGCCAACAAGUCGCAAAUACGGCGCCACAGCGGGUGGAGAUUCAAGGUAACCCUACCUGGGAAUUGGCACUUCAACCUCACUUCCGCUUGUGUCAAAUAAAAGCCGAUCUGUUACGGACAAACCCCCAGCAAGUAUAUGAGCCCUUUGAGAUCGAAGAGCUGGUCGGCUCGUGGCUAAUCCAGUGUCCUGCCCUGGAAGACGGCGGAUGGGGAGGACGUCCCGGCGAAAUGACCAUCGACAUUCUCAACUGGCCUGUUGACAGCUACGGCCUGGUAGCGUCCAUCAACCUCAAAGUUGCCCUAGGCACCAUGAUCCUCGCCAAAUCGGAACAAUUGCUAGAGGAACUGUCAGCCUACCUACUCCAUGACCCUGAGGUUCUGCCACAUAUACCCCAUCAGAAGCGAAGACGAGGCGAUGACUUCUACGUCGAGUAUCCGCGACGGAGAUCCCCCUAUGACCCCAUGCCUCCCGUGCGCAUCUUCUUCGACUGGAUCGGCCGGCGAGCUGGCGAGCUUGACGUGGAACUCGACAUGGAUCCCGCAAACAGGAACAGGGGUUGGCUGGAUAUCGACAUGAACAACAAAGCCUUUGGCAAGGGAUGGCUAAAAUACGCAAAGUUCUUUGGGAGGGACAACCCAGUUGCGUUCUCCAUGUAUAAAGUGAUGGAUCAACCGAGAAAGAUGCCAGAGCAGUGGAGCAAUUUCCGGCCCAAACAUAUGGAAGCACAGCUGCAGAGACGGGUGGAAGAACAGCUGCAGAGGCCGAUCGCGAGGCCGAUCGCGCAGCUGAAGGAGAUCAUGAUCACCUCAAAGAUACCGCCGCCGGCGUCGGACCACACGCUUCCACCACUACCACCGCCACGAGCAGCGCCGCCGCCACGAGCAGCACCGCCACCACGAUUAGCACCGCCACCACCACCGCGCCCACCGUCUCCGCCGAAGGAUCUCCCUGGGUUUCAAAGAAUACGACCAAGAGAUUCCGAGGGGAUACAGGUAGGAAUGCAUACAAUUCCGCCCAAGAAACGACGUGGACCGAAAAAGGGUUACAAUAGAGCGCCGCCUGGCAGUGUGGUUGAGAAGCAAGGGGAUGGGGUGUCGCGCGAGGGAGGCGAUGGUACGUCCGCCUCGACACCGAUGGAGGGUGAGGGACAUGUAGAGGGAUAUGGGUCAGAAGAGGAGGAUCAGGAACAGGAGGAACAGCAGGACGGCGAGCAGCGAGAUGAUGCAUCACCAGAUAAUGCAAAUGAGCAAGCCGAGGAAGAACAAAGACAGACACAGAACCAGGAGCAAGAAGAGGGAACACAAGGGCAAAGGGAGGGAGCAGAUAAAAAGGCGCAAGAGGAAGAAGAUGACCUUGAGACAUACGAAACGCCAGAAGAAGAGGCGCCAUCGGCACCAGACGCACAGGAACAGCAAAACGACGGCAACGGACGUCAAGAACAUCAGGAGGGGCAAGAACGAGUAGAGCACAAUCAAGAGGAGGAGGAGCAAGAGGAGGAGGAGGAGGAGGACAAGGAGGAGCAGGAACAAGGUACGGCAUGA